AUGCGCCGCGUCCCCUGCACCCCCCGUCCCAACGCAACCCGCCUCGUCCAAAGCCAAGGCCUCGUCUACACCACCGACCCCCCGCAACCCACCAACAAAGACGACAACAACGUAACCGACCCCUACUGGCCCGACAACCGCUACUACUCCUUCACCACCACCGAAAUCUCCCUCCUCUCCCAAGCCGCCACCGAAGUCUUCACCCUCUGCUGCGAAGCCGCCGACUACCUCCUGACCCACCCCCACCUCAUCACCACCCGCCUCGCCAUCCCGGCCUUCGCCCUGCAACAAAUCGCCUCGUCCUGGAACCGCGAGCCGGCAUGGGGCAGUGUGUACGGACGGUUUGAUGUCUGUUUUGGAGGGCUGGAUCAUCCCGAUGAGAGGUUGAGGACGCCGCGGUUUUAUGAGUUUAAUGCGGAUACGCCGACGAGUUUGGUGGAGGCGGCGAGUGUGCAGUGGUUGUGGUUGGAGCAGACGGGGUUGGGGAGGGAUCAGUGGAAUGAGGUCGCGGAAAAGUUGAUUGAGGGGUGGAGGAGGAAUUUGAGGGAGGGUGGGGAGGGCAAAAAGAAGAAAAUGACGGUGCAUUUCGCCAUAGCCCGGGACGAGCCGACGGGAGAAGACGCGAUGAACACGCUUCUGCUGCUGGACACGUGCCAGCAGGCCGGGUGGCCGACCAAGGCGAUUUUUAUGGACGAGAUUGCGCGGUCGGAGGAGGACGGGCGGUUCUACGACUUGGAUGGUGACCACAUCGACGUCAUCUUCAAGUUGUACCCGUGGGAGUUUAUGAUGGAGGAGGAGUUUGCGAGGGACUGUUUCCUCGAUAUGGCGCGUGAGGAUGGCACGGGGACUGUUUGGAUCGAGCCGCCGUACAAGAUGUUGUGGAGUAAUAAGGGGUUGUUUGCGAUUCUCUGGGAGCUGUUUAAGGAUGACCCGCGGGGGAAGUGGUUGUUGCCGACGUAUUUUGAGGACGACGAAACCAAGAAUAAGCUAGCAGGAGGACUAACAAGAUACGCCCGCAAACCCAUCUUCGCCCGCGAAGGCGCCGACGUCACCCUCCACGCCGACGGCAAAAUCCUCCAAGACUCCACCACCGGUCUCUACGGCAAAGAAGGCUACAUCAUCCAAGAACUCGCGCUCCUCCCCGAAUUCCUUGACCCCCGCACCAACACACCCCACUACCCCGUCCUUGGGCUCUGGAUGGUCGACGGCGAGGUCGCAGGCUUAGGCAUCCGCGAGGACAAGACGCCCAUCACGACGAAUGGGUCCAAUUUCAUUCCGCAUUCGAUCGAGGACGGGGAGGUGAAUUAUGAGCGGAAGGAGGUGCCGAGUAAGGAGGAGAUUGAGGCGGUGUUGACGGUGGAGCGGUGUGUGAAUGUGACGAAGCGGGAGGGGGAGGUGUUGAGUUAUAUUGGGAGGCUUACGAGGGGGGUGUAG